UUUGAGGAGCAAAUGGGAGGGCAGGUCCCCACUAAUCCCGCCCUCCCAGACACGUUGCCUUGGGAGAAGCAACACGGGCAGAUUGCUGGAUGUAACGUAACUGUCUCCGCACCAUACAGUCUAUGCUCCACACUCACACAGCGCACGUCCAACACAUCAGCUGCUCUCCUCUCGACCCGGCAGUCCUGCUGGAUUUAACGCUGAACAACCAGCCGCUCCAUCCUGGGAAGGUCAGUGAUGGUCAGUGCUAGUUAGAGCCUGCAGCCGAGGAUGUCUGCUACAGAUUCGGACAACUCCAUUGACUGGCUGGCUAGUGACAAUGAGGACGAUGAGUGCGAACAAGAGUUUGACUGUAUCGGAAAGCACAGCCAGACAGAGGCUCCUUCUUCCCCCAGCAACCCACCACACCUGGGCACGUCUGACAGCAGCUGCCGCCAGAGCAGCGAGGUGAAAUGGGGUGACAGUAACUGGAGCGAGGUCAGGGAGGCCUCCAGUCGGGGAUUUCCCCAUGGCUGCACUGAGACAUGGGUCAGUGCCAUUGGACUGUGUAAAACACAACAAGGAGACAAAGCAAAUGGCAAAAACACUCAGCAAGCACUGAAGAGGCCUCACAGCUCCUCUGAGGAGAUGUGCAAGGAACGGCAGCUCAUUUCCAAUGUGUCAGAGAAAAACCGAAUUUUCAGCAGAAAGUGCAUGGAGCUACAAUGCUACAUUCAUCCACUGUCAUCUAUCUUGAAUGGCCUCCGUUCAGGCAGAUACAGAGAACGACUCAGCAGUUUCCAGGAGAGUGUGGCCAUGGACAGGAUUCAGAGGAUCAUGGGUGUCCUGCAGAACCCCUGCAUGGGGGAGAAAUACAUUAAUAUCAUUCUUAAAAUGGAGGAAAUGCUGAAGAGCUGGUUCCCUAAUGUAAAACUCAGAGACCAACUCACUGUCACCCAGACAGAGGAAGCUGUUCCUUCCAAGAAACCGAAGCUAUCUCCAGUGACCAACACUGCAGUCAUGAGCCCCGUCACUGUCAGAGAUCCUCCAGCCGGCGUCAAAACCCUGAGAGUCACCGACCUCACUCCUCCCGGAGCCUACUCCGCCAGUAACCUGAAGUGGCUCCACACGUCACCCAUCUGCUCCCCCAUAGCAGAGCAAGCCCAGACUGGCUCCAGGCACCUGCUGUCCCCCAGAGACCUAACGCAGGACAACGCUGUGUCCUCCAGCACAGACAGCCGCACUAAGACAGACUCGGUCGAGCCCAGAGGCCCUCCGCCGGGCAAAAUCAACGCACCCUGUCUAGAGAGGCUCCUUAAGUCCACAGAAAGCAUCAUCACCCGUAAGAGGAUUGGGGGUUUGACGGACAGCAGCUGGUCCUAGUCCACAUAGACGGCUGGGCGUCCAGCUGUAAGCACCUCACAGCCCAGCCUUUCCCACCCUGCCGGGAGCCCGUCAGCUCGCUUAGCCCAUUCCAGCCUUCAGGGGAGACGGCAGCCUUCAAAAGGGACGUCACAGAUUCCACUUUAAUGUGGAAGGAGUGUUGACAAACAUGUUCUACUCUCUGUAUGGGAAUGUGCCCUCUCUAACAUGACAAGUGUCUGCUUUAGUUCCCUUUUGUUGACCUAUCUUUGUUUUUGUCUGUACUCUUGAAUAGCGUGUGUGAGAGUGGGAAGGAUAGAUUUCACAUGCCAAGAUCACCUGAGCUAGUGAUUUCACAACUGAACUGUUCCUACUGGCUUGUAGAUGCAAUAAUACAAUUUAAGUAUCUGUGAAACCGCCAUUAUGCCUGAAAGGGAAAGCAUUACAGGAGCAGUUUGUGCUGGAAGGGAUUUUUUUUUCAGAUAUCCAGACAUGUCAGUGGUCUACAUAUUGUUGUGCUGAAAAUAUGGGUAAAAUGUAAUGUUAUUUUCUCCCCCCCACCACCCCAUGACUCCACUCUUAAGUUUAUUGAUGUGACUGUUACUCAUUUGUAUACUUUAUAAAUAAGUCUUUUGGUACAACUGUUCUACCUCAGUGGGCACCACGUCACAGUUAGUGAGUAGGAAUGUGAACGCUAAGCUCAAAGUCUGGAUACCUCACCAGAUCUGCAGUGAGCCAAACGGCCUCUGACAGCGAGGUCUGUAGUACGAGUCGUUCCGCUUAUACAAACGGGAGGAUGCUCUCUCCAUGGCGAUGCUCUCAUGGCCUGACUGGUGCCAUUGUAAAGAAUGUCAACUGCAGAUUUCUUUUUCAAGUCUCCCAGUAGAAGGCAAACAGUGCCUGUAACGUCAAGCUGUGCCUGUAAGCCGGUUUGAUAAAGAGAGAGAACCGUUCAGAAUACCUGCUCCUUUGUGGGAUGUACAAGUCAGGAAUUCUCACUCUCUUGCCAUUUUCCUGUAUCGAGUAAAUUAUUCAGAUCUUGACAACUACUUUCUGUGGUGGAGUAGAACAAUUUUUUUUUUAUUUUGCCACAGAACUGGACAGUAUGUUAGACCAGCAGAGAGUGAUAAGGUAUUUCUCUGUGUAAAUCUUACAGGAAGGUUGUUGAUUUACCCUGAAAAGUGGCCUUUAUAGUGUGAAAUUUUAUACUUUCAAAAUAAAUGUGGUAAUAUUUGUUUGAUGCAAAA